AUCGACAUAAACCAGAGUACCUCAAGAAUCAAGUAGCCUUCCUCACUCAACCUCUAUAUACUACAUCCAUCACACCAUGUCAUCCCCAAACGGAAGUCGGAUGCGCAUUGGACAGUACAAUAUCAUUAAGAGCAUAGGAGUUGGCUCAUUUGGAAAAGUCAAGCUGGCCGUUCAUUCCACUACCGGACAAAAAGUUGCUUUGAAAAUUAUCAACAGGAAAAAAAUUGCCAGCUUGGACAUGGCAGGAAGAGUUAAACGGGAGAUUCAGUACCUCAAGCUCUUGCGACACCCUCAUAUUAUCAAGCUCUAUGAAGUCAUUGUAACACCGACAGAUAUCAUCAUGGUUAUCGAGUAUGCUGGAGGAGAGCUGUUCAAUUACAUUGUUGAAAAGGGCAAGAUGGGAGAAGAUGAUGCUAGGCGAUUUUUCCAGCAGAUCAUUUGUGCAGUAGAAUACUGUCAUCGUCACAAAAUUGUCCAUCGUGAUUUGAAACCCGAAAACCUCUUGUUAGAUGACAAUAAUAAUGUCAAAAUUGCCGAUUUUGGGCUUUCCAAUAUUAUGACAGAUGGUGACUUUCUUAAAACAAGUUGUGGAAGUCCAAAUUAUGCAGCUCCUGAAGUUAUUUCCGGAAAGUUAUAUGCAGGACCGGAAGUCGAUGUAUGGAGCUGCGGUGUUAUUCUCUACGUUAUGCUAUGUGGUCGACUCCCAUUUGAUGAUGAAUACAUCCCUACUCUAUUCAAAAAGAUUAAUGGUGGCAUCUAUACAACCCCUUCUUUUUUGAGCCCGGAAACAAAGUACUUGCUGACAUCCAUGCUGGUCGUGGACCCUCUUAAGCGAAUCACUAUUCAGGAAAUCCGGCAAAAUCCCUGGUUUAAUGUCGGUCUUCCAGAAUAUUUGCAACCAUUGCCAGAUGCGGCCGAAACACUUUCACAGGAAAUCGAUGAAUCAGUUUUGUCAGAGCUAAGCAAAAAAAUGGGAUAUAGUCGUGAAACUAUUUAUAAGGCUCUAUCGGAACCAGAUAAUAAUCAAAUAAAGGUUGCUUACCAGUUAGUGGUGGAUCAUCACCGAAUGAUCAAAGAGUCCGAAAAACUUUCCAAAGAUAACAACAUAGAAAGCUUUUUUGCCACCUCACCGCCACCUUGGAAUUCUCAAUUUGAGGAGCAGGCAAAGGAAUCUGGUUAUGAUGGCAAUAAUCUUGAGGCUCCGUCCUCUAUUGCAGUCUUGAGUUCAAGUUUACCAAAGGGUGACGAUAGCAUGAGGGCACAAACACGCCCGUCGUAUUCUGGACAGCCCAUCAUGCCAAUGUCAGGCACUCCGCCUCCGGGUGCGAAAUCUCCCACUUUGUCUAAAGUCAAUCACAGAACUCCACCUGUCAACCGCCAACUAUCUACUUCUGGCCCACCAUCGAAGCGACAAUAUAAAGCAAGAUCAAAGUGGCAUUUCGGUAUACGCAGUCGAUGCCCUCCUUGGGAAGUCAUGCUGGAAAUUUUCAAGUCUUUAAAGAACGUUGGUUUCGAGUGGAAAGUUGUCGAUCCCUAUCAUUUGCGGUGCCGUUAUCGUUACGAGUCGGGUGUGAUUGUCAAGCUUGAUCUACAACUUUACAAAUUGGAUAUCAACAGUUACUUGGUUGACUUCAAGAGCUUGGGACAAGUGAUGGCCGAAGGACAUUCUCCACAGAAUAUGAAAACCGACUCGAUCGAAUCGUACUCACCAACUUCAGACGACAUGUACAUGGUACCUGAAGAAUUUUCAUAUGAAAAUACUCUCAAAAUGGCAAACGUCUUGUCUGAACAAGCCGACAUUGGUUCAGAAUCAGUUUUGAGUACAUUCCCUUUCCUAGAUGUCUGUAGUAAGCUCAUCACAGAACUUGCCAUCUCCACGUAAAUGUCCUUUGUCACACGUUGUAUUCUCUUUCCAAUGUAUUAUAUUUUCCCCUCAUGUCUUUAAAGCAUAAUGAACCAAAAGAAAGCUGUGCAUUUUUUUAUUGAGGUCGUGCGUAUAUUUGAAGAUUGAUAAUUCUAUCCAGUAUAUCAGUUGACUCUCGCUUAAUGACGACGAGAUUCAGCAAUGACGUUGGUGAGUUCCUCAACCUUUGCCUUAGCACGAACGAAUGUACCAAGCUA